UGAGGUGCAGGCAGUCAGCAAGAGCUGCCACACUACAGGUACCUUACCUAGAAACUUGAGACUUGCGACUACGACCCCAAAGCGGCUCGCGACUGAUUUGACUGGGACUUGCUUGGAUUUGCUUCUCCUCCAUCCUUGCUUCGUUUUUUUGUUUCAUUCCUUACUCAACCGAAUGAUUCUAUCUUCAUGCACGUCUCCCCAUCCCAAUCGUCGCUUCGGCAUCUCUCUCAUCUCUUAGGCCCCAGUUUAUAGCCUCCUCUUUAGCUCCUGCUGAUCGACGCUAUCCAUUCGAGCACAUCCUACAUCGGCGCAUCUGCAUGCCCAGCGCAUCGCAUCGCAUUACCCCAGUCGCAUCGCGAAAUAUCCAUCCAUCCGUCGCAUCGCCUGUUGAGACUGAGGCCGUUCCACUGAGGACCUUGUCCUUCUACUCUUCGAUCUAUCUGCUUCAUUGUUCUCUCCUCGCCUUUGAGUCAGCCUAGUUGCCACGCUGCCCCCGCUCAAUCAUCAUGGCUGCGGAGGCCACCGGCAACGAGGCUGCCACCCCGCCCAAGCGCAGACUCACCUUUCUCGAUCUCCCAGCUGAGACCCAGCAGGACAUCUUGUCGCAUUGCUCCCAGUCUGAGUUGAUAUGUUGCGCUCUUGUAUCUCGGCACUUUCAUGAAUUGGCAUCCGCGCAGCUCUAUCGUAGCUUCAACAUCCUCUUUCCCGAUGACGAUGAUGUGAGGUUCGAAUCCCCAAUCGAUGGCCUUGCGGGUGGCCUCGACACCUUCACUACGAGUGAUUACAACUACGCGAAGCACCUGAGAGAACUGUCUAUGGAUACAGUGAGCACUGGCGUGAAAGCCGAGCAUGCCUACAAGCCGUAUCUGUAUAGUGCCAGUUGUGGCAAGUUCCUUAAUACUUUACUCUAUCUCACUCUGAAGAAAGCCAAGUCACUCGAAUCUUUUAGGUGUGUUCCACAGCAGGCUGUAUCUGGUUUCUUGGAAAGUUCUUGAUCACUAAUUUUCUGGCCAGGUGGAACAUUCGCGUUGAGUUAAGCAGACCGGUCUUUCGUGAGCUUCACAAGAUCAAUACUUUGACAAAAUUCCACAUUCGCCUCCAAGCCGGGGAUACAUACUACAUCACACCCCCUCCUCUCCCUCUUAGCAUUGACGCUCUACCUCCCGCUUCAACUCACUGGCCAGAUAUUCCUCCUCCUCCGCCUGGGCCUCCCCCGGGAGUGUUUUCAGCCCCACUGGCUGGUGCUAUGGCAUCUCUGCCAGUCAUCACUUCACCACCUCCUCUGUUGCCACCGCCCAAGCAAUCCUCCAAGGCAAAGGGAAAUAAGCGUGACUCUGUGACACAGGAGCCCCCAACGCUCUCGGGUUUCAAAAAACUGAAAAGUCUUUCCGUUCUCGAUAUCGACAAUCUCGAAUUGGUAACGGAGCUCAAGACUUGCGUUCGAAAUUCUUCCGCCACACUUACCGAACUGCAGCUUUCUCUUUCUGAUAGUCUGGGCCUGCAAGCUAGACGACCGCCACCCGACUCAGAUCCGGACGAUUCUGAUGUCGAUGAUGAGUUUCAAGUGGUUCCUGUUUCCCAGAGCACCAGCUUCGACGCGAGCGGCCCUGCGAAGACAUUUCGCUCCCAGGAAGAGCGUAAACUUCAAGAGGGCAUCCUGGGAAGAAUAUUUGAUGUCGAACCUUUUAUUACCAAGAAGCCUGCGCUUAUCCAGAGUCCUCGCGAGGCAGCGACCAGCCAAGAGGAUGAUCAAGAAGCCGGCACCAACGACAAUUCAGAAGAUCCUCGGGAAGAAUUUGUGUCAUCUAUCCGCAGUGUUUCAACAAGACUUAUGUCACAUAUAAAUGGCACUCGUGACUUCUCGACAGCCCAGCAGGAUAUUUUGGACGUGAUUGAAAAGGCAGCAAGAAAAUAUGUGGAUUCAUGUGAGCUCUCUUCUCAGUCAAACAAUGAACCGUCCGGUAGCACCUCAGCGACACCUAAGAAUGAUGAGGAGCAACAGAGUGAUGAGAGUGGCGGAUCGAAGCCGACGACAACGGAAUCAAGUUUGACCCCACUGUCUAAGAAUAACGACUCAAACAAUGAUGCAUCACCAGACGAUAUCGAAAUUGAACAUCUGGAUACCAUAGAUGAGUUGGAAGUGGAUUCGGACGAACAACAGACCAAGGACAUUGGGGAGAAGGAAGUUGGAGUUAAAGAAUCAGAAACACCAGAGGCAGUUGCUGAUCCCUCUGGAUUACCUUCGAAGACACCGGAUGCUAACGCAGACCCAUCUGCGACCCCAGGGCUGAACAAAGUACACACAAACUUGGAUGCGCAGCGGGUGAAUUAUGAGUCCCUACUGUCAAAUCUACAGCAGUUGCAGGACGAAAACGAUGCUUUCAUCCAGAAAAUCAAGGCGAUUCGUGUGCAGGGUACUGUCGCUGAGUUGGAACAGUUCAAGGACUCAGUGACACAACUAAGAGAACUAAGUCAGGAAGCUGAACAUAUCAGAGGCGCGAUCAAAACGACUCAUCUCGAGAUCAAACAUAUCGAGGAUCAAGUCUUCGGAAAAGCUCAAAAUAACGACGGCGAAAAGUCACGACGCUCGAUUGACGAAUACCUACGAGACACUCGUGGCAUUGCGCUAGAAACACUGAGCAUUCAUCUCAUCCCUGUCAAGGCAUCCGUUCUGUCGAGGGCUAUUGACCUGAAGUGCAUUAAGAACCUGACCCUACUAAAUGUUGGUAAUCAGGGCCCAAUCUGGACGUUGCUCUCCAAAGAGAACAAGGUCUCGCCAUUGGCCUUACGGAGUGUCUUUACCGACAAUGUUUCGACCGCAUUCCUCAACUGCAUGUCCCAGCUUGAAGAAUUGCACGACUUGUUCUUGUUGGAGCGAAGCGCUAAACAUAAGCCUGAGAGUUUCGCACCACGAACUACCGUCACGAUCGACCAGAUCCGUCGGCUCGUCCUCAGGAAGCACAUGCACACACUCAAGAGACUCAUGAUCAAGGACGAAUCAAACAGCAGCAGCUGGGAUGCGAAUCAGAAGGCAAUGAUACUUAUUUGUAACCGUGGUGUGCAGCUCGAGGAGCUGGCUCUCAGCAUGAAUAUCCACGCAGUGCACGCCUUCAUGCAGUAUUUCGCUGGACUAGUCAACCUUCGUGCUAUAAACAUUCUUCGAUUCAGGAAUAAUGACACAUGUAUAUGGGUCAUGCGGGAGAUUCUGAACUUCAUCGUGGAUAAUCUCUCUCACCAUCCCGAGCUGAAGCUGGAGUGGAUCGCUAUGGAGGACGAUCGUCUCGACAGGGUCAUUCGCCCUACGGACGCAAUUGAAGAAGGGGAGAAGAGAAGAGGCAAGGGCAAGGAAAAGGCUACGGUUCAUCCACAUCACAACAGCAGCAAUCUGCCUGUGCUACCAUCCUGGGGUUCGGAUAGCGAAAGUGAGGAGGACGAUGAUGAUGCCUCGAAUUGUGGAAAGAGGCUUCGACUCAAGACCGUUGGAGUCCUGCAGUUUUAUGAGGUUUGGGGCGUCAAAAUUUUUGAUAAGGAAAUUCGAUCUGGUCGACUAUGAGGUCAAGAGACAGCUUCCAAAUGUGGAGUUGCUUUUGGUGACAAAUGCUACCCAGGGUGCGAUGGCAAGGCGGCGCAAACGGCUCAACGGCAAUGCUUUGGGUUUUUGGAUCAGGGUAAACUGGAUGGGACAAAGACGAUGCACAAGGGGGGUUGGUGAAUCUGGACCUGCAUGUAACUUACGGAGCGUCGCUUAUUACACUUUGCAUCAGGCAUCUACAACUUAUUAGUGGUGACUGGGGCAGCGUUGAACUAGAAGCGUAAUAAGAUGGGACAGAAUGUGGUUUGGCACGUUCAGUCAAGUCAUAUCUUUUCUUUGCUCUCGUCACCUUGAUCUAGCUGAAUGAAUGUUGUUGGCCGCUUUUCUUUAUGAAUCUUCCCACCGCAAGUAGUCUUGUUUCACAUGCG